CAUUUGAAGCGGAAACACGUCACCAGGUUUGCGCGCGCAGGCUUGAAAAGUUGAAGGACACUUUCUACUCCUGCUGUCCGGGUUUCUAACAAAAGUGGAGGAAGAAGUAAGACGUCAACAAACACAAGUGUAAGAAUAAGAAGAUAAGUGUUGUCGAGCUAAAGUGUCAGAAGAAAAAAGUGAACAAACAAGACACGUUUUGUCAAUAUGGCGACUCCUCCGAAGCUAGCCCGCGCUUUUUCCACUGGCCCAAACUUCUCCCGCCGACACAAAAAGAUUUCCGUCGAAGGAAAUAUCGCGGCCGGGAAGUCCACCUUUGUGCGAGUUCUCCAGAGGGCGUCCUCAGACUGGGAGGUCAUACCUGAACCCAUCGGCAAGUGGUGCAAUGUCCACAAUGACAGCGGGGACGUUCACCAGGAGCUGAGUUCCUCCCAGAAGAGCGGAGGAAAUCUGCUACACAUGCUCUACGACAAACCCAGCCGUUGGUCCUACACCUUCCAGAGUUACGCAUGUCUCAGCAGAGUUCGCGCCCAGCUUCAGUCGCCAUCAGUCAAACUUCAGCAGGCGGAAAAUCCAAUUCAGUUCUUCGAGCGUUCCGUCUACUCGGACAGGUACGUGUUUGCGUCCAACCUGUUUGAGUCUGGCAACAUGAGCGAGACGGAGUGGAGCGUCUACCAGGACUGGCACGGAUGGUUGCUCGGUAGCUUUGAGGAGGACAUCGCCCUCGACGCCAUCAUUUACCUGAGAGCCGACCCACAGUGCUGCAUGCAGCGUCUGGUCCACCGCGGCCGAGAAGAAGAGAGCGACAUUCCUCUGGAGUAUUUGGAACAACUUCACCUGAAACAUGAAGAUUGGCUCGUCCACAGGAAGCUCAGACUGGACUUUGACUACCUGAAUCAUCUUCCUGUCCUCGUUUUGGACGUCAACGACAACUUUAAGAACGAUGGCAUCAAACAGGAAGCGAUCAUUGACCAGGUCAAAGAGUUUCUCUCCACGUUGUAAGAGACACUUUCACUGUGGACUAAAUCAAUCUUUGCAGUCUUCUUGCGUGUCUUGUCCCACGCCGACACUCGGGAUGAAAUAAAGCAAGGAGACACAUUCAUUGGAUAUAUGUCCUGCUCGUCAUGAGGACUUCUGAGCGUUACUAAGAAGACCAUCCACAAAACUCUCACCUUGGAUUCUUUAUAUGAGUUUUAAAUCUGUCAGACGCCGACUGGAGUCUUUGAGAUCUUGUUUUUAUUUCAAAUUAAAGCUUGUCAUGGUA